ACCGCAUUUGCGGUGGGUUACGCGCGCAAUCACGGUAAAACGCACGUGCACGCGUUUUUUUUUUUCCUAUCUCUUUCGCACUAUAGUCGGAGAGAACGGCCUUGAAAAAGUACAGCCGACAAAGCGAGUGAGAAAGAGACGUAUCCCGAGUGUAUAGCGAAACGUUGCUUAUGUAAUCGCGGUGGAGGCAGUGGAGGAGACGAGGAAAAGCCGAGAGAGAAGCACGACGUGUGAGUGUCAGCUAUUACGAGCGAGUGAGCAGAGUGAGAGAGAGAUAUAUUAGGAGCGUGUGAGAGUGAGCGAGAGAGCGAGAGAGAGAGAGAGAGAGAGAAAGAGAGCGAGAGAACGCAAUAAGGAGGUUGGAGAUUUCGAGAGAAAUCUCACGGCAAAACCUUUUCUCGACGUCUUUGCGCUUUCGCGUGAGCCGCUAAAAAAGAUUUUGUGCGUGAUAUAUAAAAUAUAUUCCGGAUAAAGGAAAACGGGAAAGAAAGAGGAAAAGGAAAGAAGGAAGGAAAGAAAUUUCUUGCUGGUGCAAGCGAGAGAGAGUGCGUGUGUCGGGUAUCCAAAAACGGACGCGCGGGCUCGAACGGGUCCAGAAAAUGGACUCGCCUGUCAUCGUGGACGCAGCAUCCAAAUUGGGACGAGAGAUCGAUCUGGACCGCUGCUCGUUCCCCGGGUUCCCGUUCGACGACGACGCCGACGUUUUCGAGCGUCCGCGCAGCGACGGCAUCCGCGCACACCUGGACGACCUUGCGUCACGCCACCCCGAGUUCGCUGAGCACCUGCGCGGUCCACCUUGGCCGUUCAGCGGUUCCCUGCUGCGAGACCGUCGCCGCCGACGUCGCGGCUCCGGUAGUAGCAACAACGACGACCAGCAGCAGCAAGGUCAGCAGCAUCAAGACGAGGACGCGCGUAGUCAGGCAAGUGGUAGCAGUGCCGCGAGUGGUGCAAGUGCCGUCAGCUCGCAUAGCGGCGGCGGUGGCGAGCACGACCUGACGUCAUCGUCUGCGAUACCGCAGUACGGUCUACGUAACACAGUGGACAUAGGCCAGCAACAGCGACGCCGCGACAUGGAGACGAGUCCGGAAAAGGAUGAGCGCGGUCAGCGCUCGAUGUCAGCACCACCGGAGAGCUGGCAACAGCAACAGUCGCAACAACCAGGUCAAGAACAGCAACUACCACCGCAAACUGGUCAAGGUCAGAGAUUCGUGUCUCGAGUGGAUAUCACGCCGCAGCACAAUCAGCAACGUGCGCAGUCGCCUAGUAAGCCAGCCAGUAAUGUCCGACAUAUCCCCAUUUUCGUGGAGGGCCGCGACGUGCCGGUGAUGCCAAAGGUCGCAACAGACGACGCGCCGCCGUCCACCACCUUUCAGCACCACCAGCGACAACCGUCACCGCCAUCUCACCACUUCGAAAGGUCCUCGCCACCAGCGCAUCACUUCCACAGACCAUCACACUUUAACGAACGCUUCAGCCGGCAGCAGUGGCCACCGUCGCAUUUCCAGGAUGCGUUUUAUAAACCGGCAGGUUUUGAACAACCAAUGCGGCGGCAGUUUCAGCCGCAACAUCAGCAACCCCAAUACUAUUACCAACAGCCUCAACAUCAGCAACAGCCCCAGUAUCACCAUCCUCAAUAUCAACAGCAGCAGCCGCAGCAGCAACCUCAGCAUCAUUAUGAGCAACACCAUCAGCAACAACAGACUGAACAACCUCAGCCUCAUCAGGAACAGCAACAGCAACAACAACAGCAACCAGAAACACCAAAACCAAAACCUCCGGUGCCAAAGGAUCCCCUGGAGAAAGUUGCCCAGGUACAAAAGGAAGUGGACGAUCUUGCCGAGCAGGUACGACGUUACGUCGGUGGCUCCCGGCAGGACAAGGACUACAUGUACCUGGACGAGAUGCUGACGCGCGAAUUAAUCAAACUGGAUGAUAUAGAGACGGAAGGUAGGGAGAACGUGCGGCAGGCGCGUAAGAAUGCCAUCAAGAGCAUCCAGGAUACCAUUAGCUUGCUGGAAACAAAAACACCAAUUGCCAAUCAGCAGAAGCAACAACCUAUCGCACAUAAAGGGACUCAGGAGUGUUCUGAGAAGGAUCAGCGGGGAGAAGAGAUCUCGUGCGUUCCUGAGCCGAUGGAGGUAGACGCGAAGCAAGAGAAGCUCAGUAAUGAGCCAAUACCACUUCCGCCGGUGCCGUCGUCGCCGACGAAGACGAAAGUGGAAUCCUCGGAAAGUGAAAGUGCGACAACAGCUGUCGAAUCAGCAAAUCAAAGCGUUAUACCUACUGGACAGCAGAUUACCGAACAGAAAACGGAGAAUCUAAUUACGCAACAGCCUGUCGCGUCGAUAGAUGAAUCAACGAAAUGCGCGGACGAAACAAGCAAGGAAUCAAAACCGAGUGAUGGAAGGAAUGAAGAACAACAAAAGGACGUGUUGCGAACAAUGGAAAAUAAAUAUGCGACGCCAAAGCAACAGACGAAAGAAAUGACGGAGGAAAAGACGGAGGUGAAUGACGGCCAGCGAAGUUUGAUGGAAUCACCGAGGCUGCAGAAGAAGGCAAAGAAGACGAAGAAGAAAGAGCAGCGACAGCAGCCGGUGUCUGAACAAGCAAUCCCGCUGCCGCCACCGCCGACGGAAAGCGCGAAAUAAAAAUGAAAUACUGAAGAAGUGUCAUAUAGUCGAACGUGAAUCCCAACGUGGACACGACUCGACUAGAGUUGGCGAACAAGAGAGAGAAAGAGAGGGAGAAUUUCGUGGGUCGUAAAGGAACGAGGAUCGACUAGAAAUGAAGUUCCUUGAGUCGCGAAGGAACGUCGAGUGAUGGAAAGGAUAGAAAUGAAGGAGUUUUGUAGGAUAUCGAAUUGUCACCGUAAAGUGGCUUGAUUGAUUUGUAUUAAGACGCUGCUGCCUUUUCUUACUUUUUCUGAGUUUCCGAACUAGAAUCAAGCUAAUCGCGUUUGAGCCGAGCAACGAAUCCUUCAAUCACUCGUCAUUGCCUUAGGACGAGGCCUUCCUCUUUUAUAGAAUAAUCACAAGCGAACUGGGCGAUAAGUUCGUUGACUUCCUCGGCCUUCGAUUUGAAGCUCUUAAUAGCGUUCGCACAUCCGCGUGUUCCAUUAUAUUUUUUCAACGCUAAGAAAGAAUGUUUGUAGGAAUACGCGCAGCGAGCGAAUUUUUCUCUCUGUCGAUGAUACGUAUAUGUAAUCCUUACCUUUCUUCUAAUUUAUUUAUAAUUUGCGAGCUUGUGGAUGAUUGUGAAAUAAAUAGAGACCGCAUCUGACUUGUGUGAGAUGGACUCGAAAUCGCGUGGAAAAGAUUCAAGUCUCAUCGCAAGUCCGGACGCGUAACUUCGAGGACAUCCUAUAGAAGGCCAGGUGUAGUUUCGUUAUAUAUUCACCUGUCGAGCAGAUCAAUUUGCCACGUAAAUGUCGUGCCGCAGGAAUUAUUCAUCAAGCAAAUUACUAAUUAUACGUAAAGAAAAUACGUAACUUUUUCAAGUUGUGACCGCAGGAAAAGAUCCAUAUUUGUAUUUUAUAAAAUAAUAUACGAACUUCUUGUAUGAAGUUUGCACAUCAAAGUUUGCUAUCUGAUGAGUCAGUUUUUUUUAUUUUUCGCUCUUUAGGACACGACAGAGGAAAAUUGGUCUGUUUGGAAGGUUUAUAACGACGUUAUACUCGGUGUAGCAUCACAUAGAGCGUGCACGUGACGGCAGUGAUGACGAUAAGUUAACAUUGAUUUCUAAUUUAUUGUAUGCCUGCCUGAGAGAUGAUUUCGUGUUUGCAAGUGUGUUUGGUGUUGACGCUAAUAAUUUUCUGCGUAUCGCGCGCACAUCUGCCGACACAAAGUGGCACGGAUGUGUGUGCACAUAUGAAGCAUGUGCACAUACGAACUUUAGAGUCAUGAAUAUUCGUCGAGAAUACCGAUGUGUGCACCGUCCCUCAUUUCUUCUUACCUUCACAGAUUUAUCAUCAGAAUGUGUUACGCGACGUAAAUUAAUUUAUGCGUGCAUAAUUUAGUGCAAAUUCUUUUUUAACAGACACUUAAAAGUUGCCAAAAUACAGAUUUUGCAUCACAAGUGAGUGUUAUAC